AUGUUGAAAACAAUAAAGCCAAAAAAUGCAAGAGCAAAACGAAUUCUCAAGAAGCGUGAACCAAAAGUAGAAGAAAAUGCUAAAACUGCAAUUUUUGUUCGUGGCAGUACGACAAGUCAAGUGGUUAACGAUGCAUUAUCUGAUCUCUGUUGUCUGAGAAGAUCUAAUUCAAUAAACUUUACCAAGAAAAACAACAUUCAUCCGUUUGAUGAUGAUACAUCAAUGAAUUUCUUUUGCGCAAAAAAUGAUGCAUCCUUGUUUGUUAUUGGAUCACACUCGAAAAAAAGACCUCAUAAUUUAAUUUUUGGAAGAAUGUUUGAUGGACAGGUGUUAGAUAUGAUCGAAGUUGGAAUUGAAAAGGCGAUCACCAUGAGUGAAAUAAAAUCACAAAAAUGUUCUGUGGGCAUGAAACCUCUCUUUAUCUUCAAUGGUGACUUGUUUGAAACUUCACAAGUCCAUAAAACUUUUAAAAAUAUGAUGUUGGAUUUCUUUCGAGGCCAAACUUUAGAAUCAAUUAAUAUUUCAGGAUUAGAAUAUGUUAUUUCUAUAACUGCUACUGGAUCAAUUGUCGAUUCUGAUAGUACUACACCAUCGACUUCUGAUGGAAAAAUUUUUUUCAGAGUUUAUACAAUUCAGAUGACCAAAUCGGGACAAAAAGCACCAAGAGUUGAAUUAGAAGAAAUGGGACCAAGUUAUGAUUUCAAACUUAGGAGAACUAAAUUUGCAAAAGAGGAGGUUUAUAAAAUUGCAACCAAGGUUCCCAAAACGUUAAAGCCAAAGAAGGUAAAGAAUAUUGAUGUUAAUGAAAUUGGUGACAAAGUGGGUCACAUUCAUCUUGGAAGGCAAGAUUUGAGUAAGCUACAGACAAGAAAAAUGAAAGGUCUCAAGAGAAUACCCGAAGAUGAUGAUCAAACAGAAGACUGGUCACAUAAAAAACGGAAAGUUUAG